AGUUCCAGAAAAAGGCAAGCAUCAAACACGAAUAAUUGGAUAUCAUACUCGAAUUUAUGGAAAUAAACUGAAAAUAAAUUACUAUUUCACCACGUAAUGGGUACAGAAAUUCUCCAAACAUAUGGAACUCUCCAACAUGAGUUGGAAGAAGCGAAAAAUAACUUGAAAGGUACAGAUGAAAGUUUGAAAAGGUUGAUAGGCAGAGAUCCCUCAGAAUUGCCCCCUAGAAUCUCUGCAAAACGUCCCCUUCCUGAUGACAAGAACAGACCCGGUAUCAGAAUACAAAGUAGGAUACGAAACUUUGCACAUGAGAAUGAAGCACCUGCUGCUAAAAGAAGAAACAAUGUGUCAGUGUUCCAAAGACUGUCUGAGAAGGUAAUAGAUGAUGAUGACCACUUUGUUCAACAGAAAGGGAUGAUAAGCAAAGUUAUAGUGACUCCUAAAGAAGUACCAAGCAGGGAAGAAGCUCUUGAGGCCCAAAGUAGAGAUGAAAAAUUCAAAGCAAGAAAUAAGAGAAUGUUUGGGGCAUUAUUGGGAACAUUACAAAAGUUUCAGCAAGAAGAGACAAAACUGAAACAGAGAGAGCAGAAACGUGCAGUUCUAGAGAAAAAAAUUGAAGAACAUGAAAUCAAGGAGAAAGAAGAAGUGAAAAAAGAGAGACAAGAGCUGUUUUUCAAUCGCAGAAAGAAACAAGCAGAGAUAAAGAUGAUUGAAUUGAAAAUGUUGAGGAUGAGAGAAUAUGCUACUUGGGAGAAGAGUCAGAAACCAAGGAUGAAUUUCAUUACCACCAAAUCUAAACCUCAUAUACAAUAUAUGCCUAGGAGAAUGACUGACCAAACCAAAAAACUGCUAGAGGACAGUCAAAAAGAUGUUGAAAAACUAUUAGAAAAAAAGCAACAGCAGAUAGCAGAUGAAUUGAAACACAUUGAAGAACGUAUGAGACGUAACUUUGAUUACAGGAACAGAACAAAAGAUGAUAAAGAAGUUGUACAAGAAGAUCAUCAUGACAAUGAAGACAACAAUGAUCGUGAAGAUCAUCUAAAUGAAGUCCUUGCAGAAUCACAGAUUGCCCUCAAAAAAGAAAAAGAUGAAAUGGAAAUCAAAGCAGCAAAUAUGGAAGAUGAUAAUAAUAAGGAAGAAAAUAAUAAGGAAGAAAAUGACAAGGAAGAAAAUAACAAGGAGGAAAAUGACAAUGAUGAAAAUGACAAAAGAGACAAAAAUGAGGAAGAAAGUAGCCAAGAGGAAGAUAAACCAGAACAGAAACCAGUUGAAGGAAAUGAAGAAGAAAAUAUCAAAAUUGAUUCUGAGGUUCUUGAUAAUGAUAAUUCUGUACCCUGUGAAGAAACCAUGGAUGUUAGUGCUGAUGCAGUUAAAGAAUUUUCACAAGAAAUGGUGUCACAAUCAGAAAUUCAAGAAGGCAGUAUCCCAGAGAAUAAUGUGCAAAUGGAACUAUCUGAGACUCCACCUUGUGAGUGAUAGUGACAAGCUGAUAAGUGUCUUUCUGGUUAAUACAUCUACUAGCAGCAAUUAGGAGGGUAGGUAUUGAGCUGUAAAGUUAAUUUGUAUAAAUGAGGAAUGAAGUUUUAAAUACUUUUUUGUAUCAACAUGUGGAAAUUAAUUAUGAAGGUUUGAUGUAGUCCCUGAUUACUGUUAAUUUAUAAUCAUGUAUGUUUUACUGAUCAAUUGAACCUAUGUUUCAACAAAUAAACUUCAUAGGU